AUGGCCUCAGCAGAGCAAGUCGCCAUCGCCGCCCGGCGCGCCUUCGAGGCGUCGCAGCUCAUCGACCCGUCGGAGCGUAACGUCGCCCUGGACUCUAUCCGUUCCUCGCUCGCCUCGGCCCGCGAGGAGGUCCUCGCCGCGAACAAGAAGGACAUGGAGGCCGCGCAGCCCCUGGUCGAGCAGGGCAAGCUGUCCUCCUCGCUUCUGUCUCGCCUCGACCUGAGCCGGCCGGGGAAGUACGACGCGAUGCUGGCGGGCAUCACGGACGUGCAGGCUCUUCCUGCGCCGACGGGGAUCUGCACGUUUGCGAAGCGCCUCGGCCCCGACCUGGACCUGUACCGCGUCACUUGCCCCGUGGGCGUGCUCCUCGUUAUCUUCGAGGCGCGUCCCGAGGUUGUUGUCAACAUUGCCGCGCUCGCCAUCAAGUCGGGCAACGCCGCGAUCCUGAAGGGCGGCAAGGAGAGUGCGAACACGACGGCCGUGCUCAGCCGCUUGAUCGCCGAGGCGCUCGCCAAGACCAAGCUGCCCGAGACGUUUGUCCAGACCGUCACUUCGCGCGAGGAGAUCAGCGCCCUCCUCGCCCAGGACCGAUACAUUGACCUCGUGAUGCCGCGCGGCGGUAACGCCCUCGUCACGAGUAUCCAGAACAACACCCGCAUCGCCGUCAUGGGCCACGCGGACGGCAUCUGUGCCGUGUACCUGGACGCUUCGGCUGAUGAGAAGAAGGCCGUUAGGGUGUCUGUGGAGUCCAAGACGGACUACCAGGCUGCGUGCAACAGCGCCGAGACGAUGCUGGUGCACUCUGCCGUUGUCGACACGGUGUGGCCUGCCGUUGCCUCAGCGCUGGUGGAGGCGGGCGUCGAGCUGCGCUGCGACGCCAAGACGCUUGCGGCGUUGCAGCACACCGAGGCGGCCGCCAAGGCGACCCCGGCAAGGGAGGAGGACUUCCGGACCGAGUUCCUCGGCCCGAUCCUCGCCGUCAAGACGGUCGGCAGCGUCGAGGAGGCGAUCCAGCACAUCAACCAGCACUCCUCCCACCACACCGACAGCAUCGUGACCGAGGACGAGGCGGCGAUGAAUGCGUGGGUCAAGGGGCUGGAUUCCGCCAACUGCUUCGUGAACGCCUCGACGCGCUUCGCCGACGGCACCCGGUACGGCCUCGGUACCGAGGUCGGCAUCAGCACGGGCAAGACGCACGCGCGCGGGCCCGUCGGUCUCGACGGACUCGUUAUCUACAAGUACAUCCUCAAGUCGAAGAAGAGUGAUGGCAGCACUAUUGCAGACCAUGAGAAGAAUGGAGGCAGCUAUGACCACUCCGACCUCCCCCGCGAGCUGCCGUUCUAG